AUGGCUCUCAUACUGAGCCCGCACAUAUUGGAAGGAUCGUCACUCCUUACUUUCUGGUGGCAAUAUGCUCUACUCUCCCUUGCAGGUGGUGCAACAAUCGUCGGCGGGGUAUAUCUUCUGAUCGCAUUCGUUUCCUGUUUGCUUCGACAUAAACGGGCCCGGCAGACCCCUGAUGUUGUAUCAGAGGCGGCAAAGGCACAACUGGUGGACGUACAGAAUCUAUUGAUACCUCACCGUAAAGCACAACGCUUAAUCAAGCCGUCUUCAUUUGUUGUGUUUCUAGGCGACUUUUCCACGCCCCCAACGCAGGCAGAAUUAAGUUUACUGUCAGAAGCAGAACUGAUUAUCCUUGAUCCCUUCAGAGACGGCGUCGACAAAGCCGUCGGAAACGUCCAUGUUCAGGGCCAAGCAUUCUUUGCACGUCUGAGUUUCCAGGAUCUUCUGGAACCAAAUACAAAGAACGACGCAGUAAUUGGGUUCCUCAUCAGAUAUGUGCGGCAGAAUCUUGGCAGAUCUACCUUCACUGGGGUCGUGCUCGCUGGAUGGGAAACUGUGUUGUCUCCGGCCUACUUAAUUGAAGCUCUGGAUCUGCUAAAGGCCGCAAGCUUCGGAGUUCUGCUCGAAGUGUCGCCACCUACAUUCCUACCACCGGCAGGUCUGCCACCUACAACCUCUUGUAAUGGGAUAAUCAUUCGCAAUGCGUCAAUUCUCCCAGAUGGGAGGCAUCGAGACUAUUUUGAGAUGCAGACGUUACAGUCGACAAUUCGACAGAGCGUACGAGAGUCUUGCCUCCGAGAUUUUGCCAUUCUUUCAUGGGAAACAGUCGAGGAAGGAGUUGAAAUUUCAAAUGCCGUUCUUAAACGAGCCAUACAGUGGGCAAACUUUUACAAUAUCACGCCAUGGAUUGCAACCGAGAGCGCUUUGUGCGACGCUUCUCAAAAUUUGCUGGUGCAAGAACCUAUUGGGGCAUUUGACUGGCUCAAAGACGACAGAGUGAUCAAAUUUCACACCUCGUGGAAAGAAACUAGAACAAUCUCCUGUCAUAAAACAACCAAUACAGGUGCAUCCUGGAACGCUAUCACAGAAAUCUUUCCAGAAACUUAUGACUUUCAGUUAAGCAGAAUCAGAAAUCCUGAAAUAGUGGCAAUCGUAGAGCCACAUGCCCUCAGCACGAGCAGCAACCGCCCACACACACCUGCGUUUAAUGACCUAGGAAACUCGAGUUGCGACAAUCAGUCUGCCACACACCUUGGAUGCUACCCAGUCGGGUCAGGAGUUUCUGCGUUGGCCUUCGCAGAGGUGGUUCAUGCUCAAAUACGUCUCCGAGAACUCGGUCUCCUUCAUUCAAUGGAUGAGCAAACAAUAACAAAUCUUGGCAUCAGUUAUCGAAAAUUCUGCGACCGACAGCUUAUCCGAAUGUCGAAAACAUUUCCACAAGCCAUCAAGUCGUUGAAGAAAUUCUUGACUAUUUCUAACGACAAAACCCUGACAAUCAGCCUUGGGCUCAGCCCUGGCUUUACCCAUGCUUCUGGAGCUCGAUUUUGGGCAGUCUGGCAUCGGACAUUGACUGGAGUGGAAAUUUUUUUGUCAAAAGAUGUCCAAGGCACUGCGAGCACCAUCCUCUACACCUUUCUUCUCAGUGAAGGUGUUCCUCAAGAACUCGCUUUUGACGUUGAAGUCACUUUCUGCGAAUGGUUACAAGAACGGGAAUGUAAGAGCAUUCUACCACAGCGCAUUCUACAAGAUGUUGACAACGCUACCCCUGAAGAACUCUUAAGUCUUCUCUAUUCUCACGAGAAAGAGCACAAAGGAAAACCUCCAUUCGAACGCAUCGCUGACUAUGCGAAAGAGGUUCUCCUGGAAACACCUUCAAGGCAACAAUUCAAUCAGUUAGCCUCAAUAGAUUUUAUGAAAGGAUUGGUCAACGCCGAAGAGCUGAUCCGAGCACGCUUCGUCUGGUACGAAGAUCAUGGAAUCGCCCACCCAGAUAUCGACAGCGCAUUGAGAGUCUACAUCACAGUUAACGAGAAACUUUUAAAUCUACUACGGUCGAGGCGAGAAGAGGAACUGACUAAAAUCAAUACCGCGUUGGGUGUUAUCUUGGGCAAUGGAGACAUUGAUGCUUGGGCUGAUUUGCUUGGCCUUUUUGUCUUCUGCUCUAUGAAAAAGGCAGCAAUUGAAGAGAUUUAUCUCGAGGUAACAGAUCGGAAUCCUUUGCUGAAUGAUCAAGCAGAUCAGGCCGCAGUUUUUUCAGAGUCGUUCGCCCUCGGGUCUCGAUGUGAAACCUACUUUGACAUCAAUCCUAGUGAAUUUGGACAAAUAUUGUCCAACAGAUUCCGUGAAACAUAUGCCGAUAAACAGCCUCCACUUUGGAACAAUGGUGCUCCUGACUAUGCGACUGUUUUGGGAGGCGCACAGAUCGAUGUUGACAUCUAUCAUAAACCCAAGAGUCUUCCCCACGCACAAAGAUUUACAUUCCUGUCCGUCUUCGCACUGCCCGCGAUAGUGGAUGUCGCCCUCCUCUCCACCAUCGGGCGAGGAUUAUAUCUCUCAGCUUUCAUGAACUUCCAGCAUCAGCUAAGUGCCACGAUGGCACUGAUGAUAUCACUCAUCCUCUCCGGCGGCACAGGAACUUGGAUCGCUCACGGUGGCACCUACUAUCUUGGCUCAAUGGCCUUCUCAGCUAUGAACAUGUUUGUGCUCACCCGAUUUAUCGCAGGGAUGAGCCUGGCGUUGAUUACCGGCAUUACGGGCCUCGUUAUCCUGUCGAUCGUGAGAGGUUCGUCAGCCGGGCUGGUGUUCUUCUUCUAUCUUCUAGGGUUCACGUCCUAUCUCAACUUAUUCGCGGCGAUCUCCUGCUACCAGUUCCCAGGUACUGCUUUUCUCUCCGGACGGAAGCAGGUAUUCGCAUGCCUGCCAAUUUUGAUUCUCUCACCAAUAAUCACGACAUGGUCUGGGCACGACAUUUUCGUGUAUUCAAUGGUCUUGUUUAUUCUCAAUGUUGCAUUAGCUAUGUCUCUAGCUCGCACUGCGGCUGGCUGGGCUACUUGGUUUCUUAAUGUGAAACGAAUCUCGGAUGCCGAGGUGCGGAAGUGGUAUAUCAUGACCAAGGCAAAGGGGAACACCAAGCGGUUGAAUAUGCUUUCCGACCCAGCUGCCCUGAAAAUUUCAAGGGAGGCGCUACUGGAGGAUGUUCAUGCUGAAUUGUCGAAAAGCCCGUUCAGUAAACGCAGUCCAGACAAGCUUGUGGCGCAGUUGGCUGCAGAUCAUGAGUCUACCAAAUUUCUACUGGAUUGGUACUGCCGGUAUGCCGAUGUCCCUCGACCGGUUCCUUUCAGUUCAUCAUGGAACAUUCAGAUGAAAGUGGCACAGACCACCUUGAUCGAACUUCAAAAGGGCUCGCGCCUGCACAGUAGCUUCGCUCAUUGGAGACAGGCAGGACAAGAAGUGGGAUGCGGCCUGCUGUAUUUCUUCGUCGCGCUUCUCGACAAAUGGAUUGAUCUACUUUGUGGAACACCUCUCGUUGGGCUUUCUGCGUCUCUCAAUGACCAAAAUCGAAUCGCAGUUGGACUAGGUCUUGUUUAUUAUCUGAUCGGGGCCGUGCUGAUUGACAUAAAAGCCGCCGAUUUAAAUACCGCCGGCGAUCCUGAAGAUCUCAGAGGUAUUCACAACAUGAAUGAACUACGAGAGCACCAAAAGCAAGAAAUCCGACUCAGGAGGGGUCAAUACACGAGGGUAUGGCUCAAGUUUGUCGCAUUGAACUGCUGGAGCCUGGCGGUGACAACAUUCCUGAUUUGGAUAACCAAUUCUCGCCUCGAGAGUGUCAUUACGUUCUUGGUCUACGUGUUUGCGUAUACUGGAUUGAUCUGGUUCCAAUUCACGAAAAUAUUCUCUGGGCCUGAUGCUCUGAAACCAUUGGCGACAGGUAUUCUGCUUGGUCUUCCUGUGGGGCUAGGGCUGAGACUCGGUCUCCCCAACUUUCGUUACGGCAGCAUCAUUGCGCUUGCGAUCGCUACUUGGACCGCAGCAAUCUCCUGUUUAUGGAAAGCUCGCAUAUUCCUACCGCAAGCACCAAAAUUGCUAUUGGAACACUCCACCGUUUAUCAUGCUCAUGCCUUUCCAUGGUCAGACAAUUUCCUUUCUACACAAGAGCUCGCUGACUUGCAUGCUAUCUCGGAGCAUGCGUCGAUGAAUAGUGGCUAUCGUGUACUCGUGUCAAACUCUCCAGGUGCAGAAGUACAACGGUUGUUGCUGCGGCUCAGAUCAACUGAAACCCAGAAUAACUCAUUUCCCGAUUACAAUGAAAUGGCCGAUAUUGCGUUAAGAGCUUGGGAAUCGGGGCAGAUCGAGAUACAUCUCAUUCCACGAUCUAUCCUUGGGCCCGAUAUGCUGGCACUGGGAUGCAAAAUGCAGGACAAAGUGAAACUCUUCAUUGGCAUUCAGUCUUCCAAGGAAAGUCUAGUCGAUAUUCCUGACCAACCCCACUUCAUUGCGGAGCUUCUUUUCCAGGAGGUUGCAAUGUCAUACUUCGAAAUUGGCAGUCAUCAUGCUUGGCUGUCAACAAAACUGAUUACUGGUGAAUUACCUCUUGCUGUCAGAGUCAUGACAAUGGAGGAGGCCAGUAAUAGCAAGAUUCUGGCCUGGGCAAAGACUGAGAUACUCAAGCAACGCUGUCUCGGUAUAUCGUGUGACAAAGAGUGGGAUUCAAUGCCAAGUAUAGUUCGCAGGUUUGUCUUGCUGUAUUCUCUUGGGCAGCUCGACAGCACGAACCUUGAAUACACGGAGGUAUCACGUUACCUUAAUUUGCCAUUUGAUGACAUGCUUAAGGUGCAUAUUGCAAGGUGUACGCUUUACGAAGAGAUAAUUUCUCAAAUCCUUCUCGUCGUAAACCAUAAACGCCGGUCAGUUGACAGAUUCGAUCAUCCCUCACCAAAGCCGAUGAAGACCACACUGGCUCAGCAAGACGGGUCUGGGCGAAGUUCCUUCGAUUGGUGUCGAAGGAAACUACUGAGCCUCUGCAAGUAUUCUGUUGUGGCAAUACUGGCGGAACCAGAAUGGCAACGUGAGUUUGAUAGCGCGACGCGACUAUUUCCAGCUGUGGUCCGCGUGCCAGUGUUUUACAUAUGUAAUUUCCUGUGGGAGUUCGCCCGCUGGGGACAGAUAGUUGGGCUUUCUCUCUUUGCUCCAGCAGCACGUCCAGCUAUCCGAAAGCUUUGGCAUGAUACGAAAGGAACAACGGUGUCCUAUCAUCGCGACAGAAUCCUUGUUCGAAAUGCUCGUGAAAUCACGACUGCUUUCAAACGCCCAGACUCGACAGGUGGAUACAUGCUGUACCAUUACACAGGAGAACAUAAACUGGAACCUCAAACUAGCCCAGUUUUGAUAAGCACCUAUUCGGCGAAUGGAGAGCUUCAAGGCAAGGUUGAAGUGGAGAAUGGCGACAGAACCAACAAAUUUCUGUAUGAGUAUGGCGCACCUCCACAUUGCUCUAGAUUCGGUAGGUCACAAAAGAGGAUACCUAUCUCCCGCCGAUGCAUUCAAGGCCCUCGAACCCUGGAGACUAUUUGCUAUGACGCGAAAGGUUUGGUCACUGGAGGAUCAUACAUGACAGAGUUCAACAUGGUCAAAUUUAAGCUCGAAUACAGACGACACGCUAAAUUUGCGACCGACUUACUAAGGGCGGAAUUUAGCAUGCCACAUAUAAGCUGCAAGGUCGAGUGGUGUGCUCCGCCACGCCGAAACUCUGAAGGGUUGGAUCGUUGGAUCCCAUCUGCAAAUGUCACUCGAGCAUCGUUCAUGCAGGGACCAGAUUUCUAUGAAAGUAAAUGGACAUACGAUCACAAACUACAUGCCAAGAUUCAAACGAGGUUGAACGGACGAAAGGUUGAGACACCUCCAUUGAUAGAGCAUGAUUGGCUGGGCCUUUUGAAGAAGCCUAGCCAUGACACUUUUGCCAAUGAAGACUUAAUGCUUCAUGCUACAUACUGGAACACCAAUCUGGUCGCACGUACGAUGGGCCUCUCAAACCACGUGGUCCCCAUCUCCACGACUGCCGCAAGAACAAUGCUAUGGAAGCAGUGGAAAGCAAACCCAGACUUCGACGGGGUACUCACACGAUGGCUUGACGAAAGGCUACUGCGCUCUGACAAGGUCCUGUUACCCUACUGGACAUAUCGCAAUCGUGGCGAUCUGCGGGCUGCCCACAAGUACCUCAUGGACCACUUUGAUGCCAUUCGAGCGAGUGUUGAUCUAAACCCACAAAUCUCUGGAUGGACUCCGUUGGCAAUCAAGAUGGGCGACUUACAACGCUUCGGAACCGGUGGCGACUCCACCUCUCUGACUACGACUGGCAAAGUGGAAGACGAUACUGACAACGUUCUGCACGUAUUUGCAGCAGACUACGGGACAUGGCCGAAUGAGGGAGGCGGCGUGUCUGCUUGCAGACGCGACCUUGUCGACUCCCUCGACACUAUUAGGUGGCAUAUGGUCUGUGAGAGUGCUAACGAUUUUGGUACUCCGAAGCAUCAAACAGAGUUGAAUGUUCAGUCUUUGAAAGUAAUCCCCUUGUGGGGUUUGGAUUUCCUCACUCCAACCCAUGGUAUGUUCGAGAAUCGCCUUCAUUCCGAGGUCGACAUGAUUCAUUCAAGUGCCAGCGAUAGAGACAUCCGAAAGCAUUUCAUUCCGGCUCUUACGGCACUUGUCAAAGGCUCACGGACCGAGAAUCUGUCCAUCGAGGACGUAAAACAAACCACCAGAGCGUUGAUCAAUCUCAAUGACUAUUUCAGCGAAAAACGGUACUGGGGCGAGGUGUGGAGAAGUGAUAUAACGAAGGAGGCAUGGAGAUCGCUGUGGCUCACGAAUGUUAUGUCAAACACACGACCAACUACGGAAUGGCUGGAUACGGAAUUGCCAACUCUAGCAGGAUUUGACUGUGCCCUGGAGAUGUGGCUCCGCUAUCUCUUCAUUUUCUCCAUCAAAGUGCCCGAUAAGAUGCCGAUCGUCUAUCAAGCUUCACAUCAUUCGGUAUCAGCGGCUUACGGCAUUAUCUGUAAGCUGAAGCGAGGCUGCCAGCUACAAAUUUGGGACCACGCGAUUGCAUGGCGCGAAGCAACGAUAUGCCUCUCUUCCACUUUGUGCAAGUUACCACCAUUUGUGCGAAAUUCUCUCAUGGGUUUAUUGCGCUUGACCAGCGUGCUUGUGUUGCAUCACGCCGACGUGAUACUCCCCUGUGCAGAUUUUUUCAAUCCAGGAUGGGAGAUUGAAAUUGGUACUUGCUCCGGCAAAUUGGAGCAUCGCAACAAAUUCAAACGGAAGAUAUCCCCUGUCGUCAACGGUAUCGCAGACGCUGAGAAGUUCAAGCCGGUCAAGGAAAUCAAGACCAAACAUCCUACUGUCACAAUGCUUUCGCAUCUAUGGUUUUCGAAAGAUUUGAAGAAUGCCAUACUAGCAGCUGAUAUCAUUGUCAACGAAUGGGGCUUCAAAGACUUCAAACUCGACGUUUACGGAAGUAUUGAAAAGGCACCAAUCUACUCAACCGAGUGUCAAGAAUUGAUUGCUUCAAAAUCGCUUCGAGACUACGUGAAACUCUGUGGCACGGCUGAUCCCCUGCAUGUCCUCGAGCAAACCUGGGUCUUCCUCAACUCAUCACUAUCAGAAGGUCUGCCUUUGGCACUUGGCGAGGCAGCCUUGACAGGUGCGCCGGUCGUUUGUACAGACGUCGGAGCCUCCUUGCGCGUCUUGAGUGAUCCAGAAGACUCUUCACUGUACAGUGCAGUUGUUGCACCCAACGAUGCUCGUGCACUUGCCAGAGGCCAGAUCAAACUCCUUGCAAUGCUGGAUGAAUUUGGGAGGCAGGUGGGUGAGGGAGAUGCUCCCGCGAUGCCAUUUACCCCCACUGCGGCCGACGUCGAAUGGAUCACGGCGAGGAUGUACGAGAAAAGCGACCAACGACGAAAACUGGGAAUAAUGACGCGCAAGAUCGUUCAAAAAUCAUUCGGUGGAGACCGCUACUUGCGCGAGCAUGAACAGAUGCUCUGGAUCGGAAAGCUGAGUAGUCAAAUGCAGGGUCGCGCACAUCUUCAAGUCUCGGACGACCCGGCCCACAUCCUUCACUGGCUUUCACUCUCCAACGCACUUAGAAGAGAGCAGAAGACCUAUCCCACUGCAACUCACCGCAGGACUUCUUCGACCCUAAGCCUUAAUCUUUCGUAUAUGCUUGAGGGAGACGAUAUUUCCCUCGACGACCUCGAGCCAGGAUAUGGCCGUGCGGACAGCUUCUCCGAUGUUGAGUUGUCAAGGACGCCAUUUACCCUUUGGGAAGCUCAACCACCUGAAGACUUCAGAGAAUCGGCCUACCGCAACCUGCCUCCUUCUGGCAGGUCAACACCUAAGCAGCAUACCCCGAUGAGAUCGGCUUCUCCACGUCUCAGAUCACCGUCUCCUCGAUUGAGAUCGCCUUCUCCCCGACUACGAACUCCUUCUCCGCACCAGCAGAGAGACAGAGACAGAAAGCGAGAAACGGUCGGACAUCACCAAAACGACGACAUCGAGGAUGUUCUAUCCGUCGCACAAUCCCUGGUGGCCAAGCCAUCGUCCAGAUGCGCUUCUCCCCAGCAAAGAGGCAGGAUGCCGGACACCAUCGGAUAUCACCUAAAGGAGGAUGUUGAGGAUGUUGAGGAUCUUUUGUCCUUCGCACGAUUACUCGCCGCCAAGCGUUCCACCACUCCAGAGGUGGGCGGAAGCCGCAACAACCCCGUUUUCUACAGGGAAAUCAAAAGUCAGACACAGAUCAACAAGACUUACUUCACUUGA